GGAGAAUCUGAAUAGCCGACCCAAAUUCUUCGUUUUGGAUUUUUUUUCGACCCAUGGUGUGCUCGACAGCUGAAAAUCUAACGUGAAGUCCCAGAAGAAGAUUACCAUCAAACAACAUUAUAGCAUGAUUUUCUUAUGAAGGUGAUCCCGGAGUUCCGGUGAGGGGGGAGGAGCCUGGCCAUGCGCCUGGGCCUGGCUUCUGUGCUGGUCGUGUUGCUGGGUUCCCUCUUUCGCACGCCCCUCGUCUCCGCACUCGCUUCACGCACGACAAAGGAUGACGACGUUUCGGCCUCUUCGACAUUCUCAGGCUUGGGCAACUAUACUUCAGCAGGCAGUUUCCGGCGCUCGUUAGACGACCACGCCAACAACCAUAUUGACGAGUUCGAGGUCGACGAGGUGUCGGGGAACUUGGGAAAAGGGGGUCCUCUAGUUGGGAAUUUGAAAAAGACUGAUAAUAUUGUGAAGAAGACGUUGUACGUUGGGUAUUUGACGGCCGUUAGGCAGUUGAAAGAGCGGCAAGGUCUGGCUAUUUCUGGAGCUAUAAAGAUGGCUUUAGAUCAGGUAAAUAACAGUACGAGCAUACUACCGAACGUGCAUCUCGAAUUAAAAUGGAACGACACCAAAGGCGAGACUGUUUUGGCUACAAAAGCGAUGACGGACAUGAUUUGCGAGGGCGUGUCUGCGUUUUUCGGACCGGAGGGUACUUGCCACGUCGAGGCCAUCAUUUCGCAAGCCAGGAAUAUACCUAUGAUAAGUUACAAAUGUUCAGACUAUAAGGCUUCAGAAGUACCAACCUUUGCGAGAACUGAACCGACUGACACGCAGGUUACCAAAUCUGUUAUAUCCCUUUUAACCUAUUACAAAUGGAAGAAGUUUUCCAUCAUCUAUGACCAAACCUACGCCACAGUGGCUACAUCUUUGCAAGAGCAGGCCACGGAGAGAAAUAUGACCGUUAAUUUCAUGAAAGAGGCCAUGGAUUCGCACAAUUGUUGUCAAGAUAAUUUACCGUGUUGUCAAAUCAGCAAUUGGUACAAUAUAAUCCAGGAUACCAAAAAUAGAACAAGAAUUUAUGUCUUCAUUGGGACGCCGAUCGCCUUGGUGGAACUGAUGGACGCAAUGCAGACAUCCAAAUUGUUCGAUAAAGGCGAAUAUUUCCUGAUCCACGUAGAUAUGAACACCUACUCCGACGAAUCUGCUUACCAGUAUCUAUGGAUACCUAAAAAUUUGAAAUACAAUAACUGUAAAGACUUGGGGGAUCCCAUCGGUUCAGAGAAGAAAGCAAAGUCUUUGUUCGUGAUUGCGCCCACCGCACCUACUGAAAAAUUCGAGGAAUUCACCGCCAAAGUGCAGGAUUAUAAUUCGAAGGAACCGUUCAAUUUCGUGGUUUCCAAAAUUUUAGCACCAGAUUUCGAAAAGUUUGUCAGCAUAUACGCAGCAUAUCUUUUCGAUGCUGUACAGCUAUACGCUUCAGCACUGGACUAUCUUUUGCGCCAGGAAGAGGUUUUAACCGAUGCUGUUAUCGCUGAAGUGGCAAGCAACGGGACCAAAAUUAUAGAAACCAUUAUCAAGAUUAACGGAACAUACAAAAGUAUAACCGGUGCACUGAUGAGAUUGGACAAGAACGGCGACUCCGAAGGAAAUUAUUCUGUGAUAGCUUUUUCUGAACCUCCAAAUAAGAUUGUCAGGUAUAACUUCAGCUGCGAUUACCAAAUGAGACCUGUCGGUCAGUUCUAUCAGUCCUCUGACGUCAACAACUCACUUCCAAGAUACGAAUUGAACGUUAACACCCAAAUCUACUGGCCAGACGGCUACAACAGGCCUAAAGACCAACCGAGCUGCGGCUUCGACAACGAGCUCUGUCCCAAACCGAACACCCAACUCAACAGCAUCAUCGCUGCAGGUGUUCUGGCCAUUAUGCUCUUCUGUUUUGGAGUCAUCACCAUGAGCAUAUACAGAAAGUGGAAGAUAGAGCAAGAGAUAGAAGGGCUGUUGUGGAAGAUUAGCCGGGAGGAGAUUCAGGAUUAUUUUAACAGAGACAUCGUCUCGAGUCCUAGCCGGUUGAGUUUAGCCAGCGCUAGUACGUACGAAUCCAGAGGCGGCCUUCAGGUGUUCGCCACCACGGCCCAGUACAGGGGCGUAGUUGUUAGGAUAAAAGAAUUGAACUUUUCGAGGAAAAAGGACAUUUCGCGCGAAGUUAUGAAAGAGAUGCGUCUGCUGAGGGAGCUCAGGCACGACAAUGUCAACUCCUUCAUCGGAGCAUGCGUGCAACCCACCUCAAUUUUACUAGUCACUGAUUAUUGUGCCAAAGGAAGCUUAUACGAUAUUGUAGAAAAUGAAGAUAUUAAGUUGGACAAAAUGUUUGUAGCGUCUUUAGUUCAUGAUCUCAUCAAGGGUAUGUUGUAUAUACACAAUUCAAUGUUAGUUAGCCAUGGUAAUUUAAAGUCUUCGAACUGUGUCGUCACCAGCAGAUGGGUGCUUCAAGUAACGGAUUUUGGCCUGUCGGAAAUGAGGCAGUGUGCAGAAAGUGAUAGUAUAGGUGAACACCAGUAUUAUAGAAAUUUAUUUUGGAAAGCUCCAGAAAUCUUAAGACACCCUAGUCAUUAUCUUCGCGGGAACCAAAAGGCAGACGUUUACAGCUUUGCUAUUAUUCUCUACGAGAUUCUCGGAAGAAAGGGACCGUUUGGCAUCACUGGAUAUGAACCAAAAGAGAUAGUAGAUAUGGUGAAGAUACCGAAUGGAGAGGAACCUUUCAGACCCGACGUACAGGCAUUGUACGAUUCCGAAUUAGGCUGUGAUGAUUAUGUUAUACAAUGUAUGAAAGACUGCUGGGCCGAAAAUUUAGACGAUAGACCAGACUUCGCUACUAUACGGACGAGGUUGAAGAGAAUGAAGGACGGAAAGAAUAAAAAUAUUAUGGAUCAGAUGAUGGACAUGAUGGUUUCGUAUGCAAAUAAUUUAGAAGAACUGGUCAACGAGCGAACGAGAUUGUUGUACGAAGAAAAAAUGAAAACUGAGGAUUUAUUGCAUAGGAUGUUGCCAAAACCUGUAGCACAAAAACUAACCAAAGGACUCGGUAUCGAGCCCGAAUCAUUCGACUUAGUCACCAUUUACUUCAGCGACAUUGUCGGUUUUACUGCGUUGUCGGCAGAAAGCACGCCCUUGCAAGUCGUUAAUUUUCUCAAUGAUCUCUACACAGUAUUCGACAGCAUCAUCAAGGGCUACGACGUCUACAAGGUGGAAACUAUCGGUGACGCCUAUAUGGUGGUGUCUGGUUUACCUAUAAGAAAUAUGAACAGACAUGCCGGCGAGGUGGCGUCCAUGGCGCUGGAUCUACUAGCAGCUGUCAAAAAUCAUCCCAUACCUCAUAGGCCGGGUCAUUCUUGCUGUAUACGCAUCGGCAUUCAUACAGGUCCUGUAGUCGCUGGUGUAGUAGGUUUGACGAUGCCAAGGUACUGCUUGUUUGGGGACACAGUCAAUACAGCAUCUCGAAUGGAAAGUAACGGAGAGCCUCUCAAGAUACACAUCAGCCCCCAAUGUAAAGAAGCUCUGGAUAAACUUGGAGGUUAUAUCGUGGAGGAAAGAGGCAUAGUGAAUCUUAAAGGAAAAGGAGAGGUAAAGACGUACUGGUUGACGGGAGCUACGGAGCUAGCGAUACAGAGGCGCGAAGUCGAUCUGGCCGAGUUGCCUCCGUUGUUUUGUCGACCGAGAAAGAGUCCCAAGCUGAAUUCGGAUUCUAGACAGCCAUCGGUGUGUAUAGGAUUCGAAGGACUGCUCAGUAGACGGCAUUCUAGUGUACCAAGAGACUCGGGAGGGUCUAAAUUAACUAUCAAUACCGCGUUCGGCAGCCAACUUAUCGAGCUGUCAGAGGAGAAUAGAAAGCCGCGAACGAGGCGAGUGCUGUCCAGCAUAGCCUCAAGCUGCGACGAACACCAAAGAAGCCAGGGAAUGCUGAACAAGAUCCGUGAAUCCAAAUCCCUAGACCCACUUCCGGUGUCAAAAACCAACAAAGCCUCGGACCUUCUCGACAAAUUCUUAAACGGAGGCAGAAGAUCCAUGAGGUCCUUAGAGAACUGUGACAAAAUCAGCGAGAUCCAAAUCAUAGCCCUACCAGAGGACAAGAUGAUCAAUAACAACUUCCCCAACGGGAAUCUCUUAAAUAUUCCUAGGGAAACUAUCAAUGUUUACGGGGAUGACGUUCAGUCGCCACUCCUCAAUAUCAAUAAUCAGAUUCCGGUUACUAUAAGGAGGAGAGGGGGCAGUGCCGUGGAUGAUAUGCCGGAGAGUGAGUUCUCAAAGAAGUGGCGAUCUUUGGAAGCAGUUUCAACAUCCUGCGCCCAACUAUCUGACGUUCCCAGCAAAAAAUCAAUCUCCAAGAACGUGAAGAGCUGGUUGAUGGGUUUGUUCAACGGUAACGGCAUCAAAUCCAGCAAUUCCUCAUUGAGAAAAGGCGUUAUGAACGAGUACAACAAUCUGCAACCAGAAAAGGAAAGCAUCGUUUAAGGAAAAUCGAAAUAUUGGAGAUACUGCGGGAGUUGGAACUCUUUUCGAGACUAUUUAAAGUUGUUUGGGAGUUUAUGUAAAAUUUUAUUAGGCCGGGUUCUUCAAUUUGAACUUCGGUGGUUGUUUUAGGUAGCACCUUGGAUUAUAUAUACCCCAAUGGGGUGCCGUUCUGUCAAAAGCGUUCACUAAAUAUUUUAUGAUUUAUAAAAUCAUAUAAAAAAGUCUUUGAUAUAGUAAGAAUAUUCAGUGUGGGGCGUUUUCUACUUAGCUAUUAAAAUAUUUCCAAAAAUGUUGGAUGUUUGGCACAUUGUCAAUCAGAAAUGUGGUUUUGUGAUGAAAGGAAGGUUGUGGCAAAGAGUUUAUGUAAGUAUAUAUACUAUUUUGUUUAUUCUAUUUGCUUUAAUUAGUCACAAGUUUAUAGUUUCUUUGGUAAUGUGCUCUUUUGCUAACUGGUAUAAUAUUUCAGUUAAAUCUUGGACUAUUCUAUAGAUAAAGUCACGUUCAGAUGGCAGUGUACGGAUAUAGGAUAACAGCGUUGCCAAUUCUACUGCCAUUGUAAGUUUUGCUACUUUUGUAAAAUAAGCAGGGCCAAACUCACGGUAAAUUAAGAUA